AUGGAUUUUUUGGAAAUUGACCCUGUUACCUUGAAUCUGGUCAUCCUUGUAGUUAGCUAUGUCAUCCUGCUUUUGGUUUUCCUAAUUUCUUGUGUGCUAUAUGACUGUAGAGGGAAAGAUCCCAGUAAGGAAUAUGCUCCUGAGAUCCCAACAGAACCGCAGCCUCCAAUCCGGCUGGUUGUAAUGCAGCAAGGAAAUCCUAGUCCCCGCUGGGGUAAAGGACUCGUCCACGCUUUCGAAAAUUCUUCAGGUCCCCCAGGAAAAAGGACUACAGUUGUUUAA